AUGUCGGACGGAGGCGUGUUUUAUUAUGCUAGCCUCUGUCCGAAUCACUACAUGUCCCACAUGCACUUGCGGCGAAUGUUGCCGCCCCUUUGGCAGACGUCAGGCGGAGGCGUGCUGCGAGUUGCCGACUUCCGUCGGACUACUGUCUUGUUUCAAAUGCGUGCGGUGAGCCAUGAGGUCGCGCAGGUCUGCGACCACGUGACCACCCCCUACUACGUUUCCCAUGCUGCACUAAUACUUAUCAUGUGA